AUGUCAGACUCACCGUACGUCGGCCAGCGCCUGUCCUACGACGGUGCGCUCUGCACCGUUCGCUACGUUGGCCAAGUCGCGGGCACCACAGGCCUCUGGCUAGGCGUCGAGUGGGAUGACCACACCCGCGGGAAGCACGAUGGCUCUCACAAGGGCCAUCGUUAUUUCGCCACAACGUCAAGAUCGGCUCUAGCCGCCUCCUUUAUCCGUCCGACGCGCCGCGCAGACCAGCCGCAGCCAUUCCUCUCUGCACUCCGGGAGAAGUACGCCCCUGACGCCGACGGAGAGAACCCAAACCACCCAGACCGGCAGAUUGUCAUCUUUGGGACAAAAGUGGCCCAAGAGAUGGGAUUCGACAAGAUUCAACGACAGCUCGCCAAGCUGGAAGAUCUGAAGAUUGUGAUUCUGGAUGGCAUGAAGGUUGCGGGGAUACGCGAGGAGGAGGGGAAAAUCGGGCAGACGUGCCCGAGCAUCAUGCAACUGGACCUCAGCCGGAACCUGCUCGAGAAGGUGCAAGACGUCGUCCACAUCUGCCGCGAGUUGGGGGCGCUGAGGGAGCUCAGCCUCAGUGGCAACCGUCUUCAAGGUGUGCUGGAGGACAAAUCUCUGGAUGAUUGCUCCGAAGCCUUCGACAGGGUCACAGAGCUCGCUUUGGAAGAUACACUGCUGGAUUGGCACGAGAUCACUCGAGUCGCCACAGCAUUCACGUCUCUAGGCUCACUCAAUGCCGGCUCAAACCAGCUUUCGUCCCUCCCGUCGGUGGACUACGCAUCCCUCGCCUCGACGCUCACCAGCCUCAACCUCGAGUACAACGACUUCACAUCGCUAGAAGACUUAUCCAGUCUGCAGGGGCUCACAAACUUGCGGAGCCUGCACCUUAAGGGCAACAACUUAUCCAAAUCCUCAUCGGGCCCUGUCUUCCCCGUGUCGAUCCAGUACCUCGACGUCUCCUACAACCAGAUCAGCUCAUGGUCGUUCGUCGACAGUCUUCCAGGGCACUUCCCUUCCUUGUCUGCCCUCCGCAUCGCGCACAACCCCAUCUAUGAAAUGCCUGAUCCCGACGCAAAGGACGGGACAGGGUCGCCAGAGGAUGCAUACAUGUUCACCAUUGCACGCAUGGCCGACCUGAAAAGUUUGAACUACACGGCCGUCUCGGCAAGCGACCGGGCCAACGCCGAGAUGUUUUACCUGUCCCGCAUAGCGCGCCAGCUCGGCGCCGCACCGGAAAGUGAAGAGGCCGAGAUUAAAAAGAGCCAUCCACGGUGGACGUCGCUCUGCGAGCAAUAUGGGGAGCCGGACAUUGUUCGUCGAAACGAGAUCAAUCCCGCCUUCCUAGAGGCGCGUCUUGUUAAUAUUGUACUUCGAGGUGCAAACGUGGAAAAGGAGACACGCGUGCCGAAAUCGUUUGAUAUUUACCGCCUCAAGGGCAUUGCCGGCAAACUGCUCGGUUUGCCGCCUUUGGGCAUGAAGCUUGUGUGGGAAACGGGCGAGUGGGACCCCGUAGCCGGGUACGAGGAUGUGGCUGGCGACAGCAGCGAUGACGAGGACAACGCAGAUGGGGCAGAAGACGAAGCAGGAGACGGCGAAAGGCCAGGGCGAUGGGUGAGACGCGAGGUGGAGCUGAAGGACGGGCCCCGACAGCUGGGGUAUUGUGUUGAUGGGCUGGAUGCUGUGAUACGUGUAGAACGUGUCUGA